CAGCGCUCUGGUCAAGCGCUGCUCACUGCGCUCCAGACACUCCACGCACCAGAGUGCGCAAGACCGCUGGUGUUUAGGAUAGGCUAAAAUAGUAGACAAAACACAGUAGUGUUUAUUGCUAUGCCACACUUGGAAACGAUAGAAAUCUACAUAUAUAUAUUCGAACACUUGCAAACUUCAAAGCCCGCACAAACCAACCGUGGCGCUCAAGUAUCCUCAAACAUGAGCAUCAACUCUGAUGGCGGUGAUGUUCUUGAUGGAGAUAUGCGUCCUGACACUCCAUGACAAAAGAUACCUAACUCUAUUUUCCAGCGUCCGAUUAGCCGUGGCAAAGAAGAGGAGAGAAGAGCGCAGGAUGAAAAGCACUGGUUUACUACUGGGUUACUUUUUGAUGAAAGUUCUUGUGUGCGACGCGGAUGGAGAACCUGGGAAAAACCUGGAUGGUUUGGCGACGGCGUCCAGGUUCAACGACUCCAGAGACGGGGAAAACGGUCUCUCUGAGACCCCUCACACGGAGGAAAGGUGUCGGGGCUAUUAUGAUGUGAUGGGUCAGUGGGAUCCUCCGUUCGUGUGCCGGACGGGUAGCUACCUGUACUGUUGCGGGACCUGUGGCUUCAGGUUCUGCUGCGAGUUUAAGAACUCCAGAUUAGAUCAGACCACAUGCAAAAACUACGACACCCCGCCAUGGUCUAUGACAGGCCGGCCACCACCGAAGAUGAUGGACCAACACGAUUCGACCAAGGAUAAAACAAAUUUGAUUGUGUAUAUCAUAUGCGGAGUAGUUGCUAUCAUGGCGCUGGUUGGAAUAUUCACCAAACUUGGCUUGGAGAAGGCGCAUCGACCUCACAGAGAGAACAUGUCCAGAGCACUGGCCCAGGUGAUGCGCCAGACAGCUCCAGGAGAACAUGUGGAGAGAGAGGAGAGCUUGGCGGCGCAUGGACAACACUACGAGAACAUGCAGGCCAGAGCAACAGGAAACAACCUGCAGGGUGCCCAAAUAAACAGUGUGGGACCUGGAUCAUCUAUGAUGCAAGCUAUGACACAAUACCCUGCCCUUGGACAGGUACCUGUAGCCCAGCCCUAUGAGCCAUCUCAAACUGGAAAUGAGCACAACAAGUAUGCUUCACUCAAGGCUGUGGCUGAAAAAGCAAAUGAAAACUUCUACACCAACAGACGGCACCUAGCCGACCUGGCAGCGAAAGGCACUCUUCCCAUGCACUCGGUGAGCCUGGAGCAGGAGCCCACCAACCCUUACAGCCCAGAGUUGCCCUGCCAAAAGCAGAACGGACACAAGUCCAAAAGCACCAAGGUCCACAGCUCUCACCCGCUGGCUUUUGGCUCGAACACCAUUGCCAACCCUGGCAUGCUGAAGGGCUGGGAGAUGACAGAAACGCUGGGUCGCCGGCACAUGUACGCCCCCAAGAGACACAGCACCACCAUGGAGCAAGUGAACGAGCUGACGUCUGCCCACAGCCAGCACUACCUGCCACCACAUCCGUACUUUGUCACCAACAGCAAGACUGAGGUGACCGUGUGAACGGGGCUGCAACAUCGGGUUUAUCGAGCCCAGGCCUGAGUGGAUUUGUGGAUCGGAGAAUGAGGAUAAUAAAGGAAGCCUGAUAGAGGAAGAAGUGUGGAUUAGGACCCCGUCCUACUGGAAGGAUUGACUGAGCGGUCCAGAUCAAGAUCUGCAUGGCUGUAUGUGUGCUGUUUGUCUUUGAGCGGCUGGGCAUGGAACAGGUGUGCCCUGGCCUCAUUUGAAUGGGAGAAUGUAACAUUGUUCAAAGGAACUCGUUCUGUGUCCAUUCUGUUACAAAUGAAUAAUCUGACCUGUAGUGAUGAGUAUGUCACAAAGCCGUCCGUCAAAGUGAUGAGGACACCUUUAAACCCUAAACAAUCAAUGCAAUCAAACGUACUAGAUGGCACAACUGUCAUGAUUCGUAACAACCUGAAAGCUUGUGAGAAAGUCCCUCAAGGUACACUGUCCUGUUUUCUCAUAAUCUUGUACAUAACAGAAUGUUACCAAGGAUGUAAAAUGUCAAAAGCUUCCUCGGAUAAGCAAAAGACAUCGGUCUAGAAGGUUAAAGAUGAUGUGAGGACAAUCAUGUCUCUAGCUCUUCUCAUCUCAACACUCAAGACUUUCCAGAGCGUGUGCACCAAAAACCUCCUGUAGCAAAGUAACACGCUAUACCCUGAAAAACACUGGGCUUGUGCCUUUCCAACAGAGGAACUCGUUAUAUGAGAGCUCUUGUGCUUUUCAGUGAGCACAUGGUGUUUCUUCAAUAACAAAGAUGCAUAAAAUAUAAACAAACCUAUUGUUUACGGCUGUCAUAUUCCAGAAGAAAAUGUUGAUUGUCAGUGUUCUAAAAUACACAUUUUCCUUUCUGUUUUGCCAUUUUUCUCUGAUGUGUUCACAUAUUGUAUGGCCCUAUCUUUUAGUGCAACUGUAGACUGUAGACAAAGGAAGUACCAUAGGGUUAAUGAUAGACAUUCAUUACUUUUCAAUGUUAGGUUUGAUAAAA